AUGAACGGAGAUACCUAUUCCUCCAGAGAUUCUGGACGCCCGCGCGAUUACUAUCGUGACGAGCGACGUGAUCGUGACAGAGCAGCCCCGGCUGAUCGAGCGGAGAGACCAGAGAGACCCGAGCGAACAGAACGGCCGGAGAGAGAGAGCGACGACGAUCUCGGUCGCCUCACUACGGGUCCAGGGGCGGCGGCCGCCCGCGAAGACCGCUAUUCCAGCGGCCGACGGGAUGAUCGGGAAUGGGAUCGCGGUGACCGCGGCGACCGUGCUGAGCGUGGGGAGCGUGGAGACCGUGGAGAUCGCCGACGUCGUGACUUUGAUGACAGACCUCGACGCGGUGACUUGUUCGAGGACCGACCCCGACGUGGUGGUCGCGAAGAUCGACCAGAUCGCGGUGAUCGCGGCGAACGCGGUGAUCGUGCCGAUCGUGGAGAAAGAAGAGAGCGGAAGAGGAGCGCCUCACCCCCGAGGCGCAAGGAACCCACACCAGACUUGACGGACGUUCCUUCGAUCUUGGAGCGCAAGCGUCGCCUGACACAAUGGGAUAUCAAGCCUCCGGGAUACGAAAAUGUCACUGCCGAACAAGCUAAGCUCUCGGGCAUGUUCCCUCUGCCUGGAGCUCCUCGUCAGCAGCCGAUGGACCCCAGCCGUCUGCAGGCCUUCAUGAACCAGCCAGGUGGAUCGGCCGAAAGCACAGCGCUCAAGCCAUCCAACUCCCGUCAAGCCAAGCGUCUUUUCGUGUACAAUAUUCCCGCCACCGCGACCGGAGAUAGCGUCAUGUCUUUCUUCAACCUACAGCUCAACGGCUUGAACGUCAUUCACAGUGUGGACCCGUGUAUCUCCGCUCAAAUUGCCGACGACAAGUCAUUUGCACUCUUGGAAUUCAAGUCACCGAACGACGCAACUGUCGCCCUUGCCUUUGACGGCAUUACCAUGCCAGAAAGUGGGGAGAAGGGUCUCGAGGUCCGACGGCCCAAGGACUAUAUCGUGCCGGGAAGCGCAGAACAAGAGUCCCAGGAAGGCGCGCUGUUAAAUGAGGUGCCAGAUUCCCCCAACAAGAUCUGUGUUUCCAACAUUCCUGCCUAUAUUCCGGAAGAACCCGUCACAAUGUUGCUCAAAUCGUUUGGCGAACUUAAAUCAUUUGUUCUUGUCAAGGACGCUUCCACUGAAGAGUCACGAGGCAUCGCCUUCUGUGAAUACGUCGACCCCGCGGCGACUCCCAUUGCCGUGGAGGGUCUGAACGGUAUGGAGCUAGGUGACCGUCACCUCAAGGUCACCCGCGCCAGUAUUGGCGCAACCCAGGCGGCCGGCUUGGACAUGGGCGUCAAUGCCAUGUCGAUGUUUGCCAAAACUACAUCCCAGGAUAUGGAGACUGGCCGUGUUUUGCAGCUCCUGAACAUGGUCACUGUGGAUGAACUGCUCGACAACGAAGAUUACGAGGAGAUUAUGGAAGACAUUCAUGAGGAGUGCUCCAAGUUCGGAAAGAUCCUGGGCCUCAAGAUUCCCCGCCCCAGCAGCGGAGGCCGUCAACAAGCUGGCGUUGGGAAGAUUUACAUCAAGUUCGAUACUGAGCAAUCGGCGACCACCGCUCUGAAAGCGCUGGCUGGCCGCAAGUUCUCAGACCGCACUGUCGUGGUGUCGUACUUUGGCGAGGAGAACUUUGAUGUCGAUGCUUGGUAA